AUGACUGAGACACAGCCUCGAGCACCCAGAACGUACAUCGGAUGGACGGAGGACCUCGAGGUAGAGCUUCUUCGUGAAGUGUCGCGCAUCGAACCAUUCGCCGCUGACCACGGUGAUCUGCUGCAACGCUGGAAGCUGGUUGAAAGUGGCCUGAGUGAUCACGAGCCCAAGCUCAACUACCGUGGUGCUCGUGAGCAUGUCGACGCGAUGCUCAAGGAAUUCAAGCAAGAAGACAAGGUCCAACAACUUUUAAGUGGAACCGAUGAGGAUGUUACCGAGAAGGUUCAGCUACUGCAGGACCUCGUAAUGCGUAUGGAUGAAGUGGCCUCAUCGAAGAAACGAAAGCGGCUCAAGGAGAGUGAGAAGACGGAGGUGCUUGAGAGUACCGGUGACAAGCUCUGUCGUGAAUCCGAAAUCCGUGUAGCGAAGAAAGAGGUCGAAGACGUUGUCGUCGUCACGAUUAAGCAGCGACACGAGGAUGACCACAAGUACCGAAUGGAGCGGCUGAAAUUCGACAACGAGGAGCAGCGCCUGCGCCGCUUACAGAGUACCCAACUAUAA